GUUGGUAGCGCUGUCAGCUUUCUGACUUUAAAACAAGUUGGCAGCGCCAUAUUUAUUUCAGCUAGUGAAUUAAAUAAAUUUCAAUGAAAUGCUAACUAAAACUGCAGCGCUAUUAUUUACAUUCAGUACGCGGCUAAUCCAGCUGCGUCCAGCGGUAACCAAACUACAACUGCAACUGCAGACAACCACAAGGAUAGCGCCUGCAGCAUCGAUAUGGCAGCAACAGGCGCGCGGUUAUGCAAAAGGCAAAGACAAAAAGAAGGAAAAAGGCGGCAAGGGCAAACCGGCGAAAGUGGACAUAAAUGAACAGCAGCUGCGUGAGAUUAUUAAUCUGGAUAAUCUAAAUACGCAAAUGCAAAAGUCUGUUGCUCAAAUGAAAGAUGAUUUCAUAAAGAACUUAUCGCUGCGCUCAACCAGCGGCGCUAUUGAUACGCUGCGCAUAAAAGUGGACGGUACGGAGCACGAGCUGCAGGAGCUGGCGCAGAUUUCACGCAAGAAUCCGAAGACCAUUAUAGUCAAUAUGAUUGCCUUUCCACAGACCAUACCGGAUGUGCUGCGUGCCAUUGAAAAAAGUGGCAUGAAUUUAAAUCCCCAACAGGAUGGCACUACUUUGUUUAUACCCAUACCUAAGGUGACCAAGGAGCAUCGUGAGAAUCUCUCGAAGAAUGCCAAGGCACUGUUCAUCAAGUAUCGCGACGCAAUAAGAGAUAUACAGAAUGCUCAGGUGCGCAAGCUAAAGAAGCAGACAGACAUUGGCAAGGAUGAUGCAUUUGCGGCGCAGUCACAGGUUACGGCUAUUGCGGACAAGUAUAUUGCGGAGGCGGACAAAUUGCUGGCCAGCAAGCAGAAGGAACUGCUAGGUGAUGCCUAACGCUAUGAAGACUGAUGAUAUAUUGCAUGCUUUUAAGUUAAAUUUGUACGAAUAAAUGUUAAUAAUAAUUGAGAA